AUGGAAACCGACACUUUCACCAGAGAAACGAAAACUUGUAGUGCAAGCUGGCCGCGCGCGCCGCAGUCGACACUGUGCGCCACCGACCGCCUUGAGCUGGUGUACGACUUGUACACCAGCGUCAAACGGCAUCACCGUCCUCGAGCCACCAACAUCAACCUCGUGUUCUUGCACGGGAGCGGCAUGAGCAGGGUCGUGUGGGAGUACUAUUUGCCGCGGCUGGUAGCCGCGGACCCGGGGGGCAACUAUGCCCUACACAAAAUCGUGCUGAUUGACCAGGUCAACCACGGCGAUUCCGCAGUGCGCAACCGCGGCUAUCUCGGUACCGACUUCAAUUGGAUCGAUGGGGCCCGCGACGUGCUCAAGAUAGCCUCUCUCGAGCUGGGCGGGAACGGCAACGAACCAGCACUGAACGUGGCAGUCGGCCACUCAAUGGGCGGAUUCCAGGCCCUCGCAUGUGACGUGCUGCAGCCUUAUCUCUUCCAUCUGCUGAUCCUAAUCGAGCCCGUGGUCAUCACACGGCAAGCCACCUCCGGCGGCAGACCGGGAGCGCCUCCCGUGUCCCCGCAGAUCCCGGAAAACCUCUACAACUCGCUCCUUUCAAAGACAUGUGACCGUUUCGCUGACGAGUCCCAAUACGUAAAAUACAUGAAGAACGACUCCUUUUUCACGAACGCGCACGCCCAAAUCCUGCAGGACAUCAUCGAUUUCGAAAGGACGAAGGCGCCCGGCGACGACAAGUCUGUUCGCACGAAGAUGGAGCAGACGCAGAAUCUUCUUUGCUACAUGAACAUUCAGUCUUUUGCGUCCUUCUUGAUAAGCAACGUCAAAUUCGUAGCCAAACGCACCAUCCACAUCGUGGGCGCUCGCUCUAACUGGUGUCCGCCGGAAAACCAGCUGUUUUUGCAGAAGACGUUGCAGAACUACCAUCUCGACGUCAUUCCGGGCGGGUCUCACCUGGUCAACGUCGAGGCUCCGGACCUUAUUAUCGGAAAAAUCAACCACCAUAUCCGCGAGUUUGUUCUGACGUCGCCGCUGCAGUCCUCACGCGGGCCUCACUUGUCGCUUGACGAAAGGACCGCUAAAUUCAACCAGGCCUUUGAGUCUUUCAAGAACAGCACGCUAAUCAAAACCAGCAAACCAAAACUGUAG